UACACACGGUCGCGGCAAUGAGCGCGCCUCCUCCCGCGGUGGCCGAGCGACUGAGCGCGUCUUCAACGCAUCCACCGCCACCGUCCCCGACACACGCGAGCACGAGUGCUUGGCGGCCAUGAGCUCACGCGUCGAGAUCCUCAACGACGGAGGCUACCGCUCAGACGGCCGACGCCAGUACGAGCUCCGCGACAUCGACAUCGACCUCUCCCAGCAGGGCACCGCAGACGGCUGCUGCACCAUCACCCAUGGCCUCACCCAGGUCCUCGUCACCGUCUUUGGCCCCAAAGAGGCCAAGAUGCGCUCCCAGACCCUCCACGACCGCGCCGUCAUCAACGUCGAGAUGAACGUCCUCCCCUUCAGCACCGGCGAGCGCCGCCGCCGCGCACGCGCAGACAGGCGGAUCCUUGAGCUCGCUGCGACGAUCAAGUCCACAUUCGAGCCCGUCGUGCAGACCACCCUCUACCCGCGCUCUCAGAUCGACAUCUUUGUCCAGGUCCUCCAGCAGGACGGCGGGCUUCUGCACGCAUGCAUCAACGCGACCACCCUCGCCCUCAUCAGCGCCGGCAUACCCAUGACCGACUUUGUCUGCGCGGUCAGCGGCGGCGUCCACUCCACCUCGCCGCUCCUCGACCUCACCACGCUCGAGGAAAACGACCUGCCGCACAUGACGGUCGCCGUCAUGCCGCGGACGGGCAAGGUCACUCUCGUCGCGCUCGAGACGCGGCUGCACGUCGACCGAUUCGCAGACAUAUUCCGGCUGGCGGGCGACGCAGGGCAGGCACUACACAAGGAGAUGAAGCGGGCGGUGAAAAGUCGCGCGACCCGGUUGGUCGGCGCGAUGGAGACGGGCAUGAAGCCGCCGAUGGGCGGCGCAGAUGCGUUCGAGCGAGAUGUUGUAAUGGAGGACAAAAUGAGUUUUUGA